UCUCGAACAGUGGUAUGGUGACCGGAUCACGUAGUCACAGCUUAAUGCUGUGUGAGAUAAGUAAACAUAAAUGUAGAGCUUUUAUUCCAAUCUUUUAGUUUAUGAAGACUGUAGCCUAAGGGAUACUAAAUAAUAGUGUAAAAAGUGUCAGGGAUACUAACUGCUUUCCAAAAUAUUAAAAUACUUACUUAAGGAAUGUGCUCAAUCCUGGUCAAGUUUAAGUUUCCAUGCAGAUGUUGCUGGGUAGCCUAUCCACGCUCUAGCAACCAUCGAUGGUCAGAUGCUGAUGUUGUGUGGGCUCACCCACCGAUGUUAUAUUACAGAUGGCUUUGCGCAUGCGCUGACGCCGAUUACGCAUGGGCAAAAACUCAAAUCAUUGUAUUUCUAUACUAUACAGUAGGUUAGGCAUUGGCCAUCGAUGGCGGAAACAACCGAUGGUCAGGUCACCACUAGCCAGCUAUGUUAAGCGAAGCUGUGCUGAAAGUUUGUUACCCAGCGAGCCAAUGCGGUGCCGGUGGGCGAGGCGAGUGGUGCUGGAGGCAGUGCAGCUGCUGCCAGGGAGGUCUCUUUCUCUCUUCUCCUUAUGCACUAAGCAUGGAUAUAUUUCCUACACUGAUACAGCUGCUGAAUGAUGCUGCCAGCCCUGCAUGUGACACAUGCACCAUGCUGUUGUGAUGAAUGGGAUGCGGAAUGGAGAGUGCAGCAUCGGCUGCUCGGGAGAGUGCUUGCUGCGGUCUCAGGAAGGAAGCCAGAGACACCACUGUGCAAUGCUGAUCUCCCUGUAAGCGCUGGCUGAGGAGCAGAUGAAUCCCAGCUGAAAGACGACUAUUCGGUAAUGGACCGUGGAAAUGUUGUAAUACCUUUGCUGCCAGUGGAACAAGAAUCAUGGCGCAUGAAAGCUUGCUAGAAUUACUGACAUGCAUUGAGACAGCUGGAUUGUACAGUUAUGGUUUUCUCAGCAAUUCUUACACCUGCUCAUCCUGUGACAUCUUACAGUACAUACAUCCUCUAUGAAAAUGGCUAUACAAACGUAACAACACCUUUGCCUUCAUUUCGUGGCAACCUGGAUUUCCCACCAAAAUACAAUCCAGUUGCCAUGACCACAACUGGCACCUUACCAGUGAACACAACAGCUUCUACUACACAGGCUACGAAAGAUGUUUUUCAGACCUUGAAUUUACCCCUUCAAAUAAUUCUCUCGUCUGUGAUGAUUAUUAUUCUUUUGCUGUCAUUUCUUGGUAACUUUGUAGUCUGUCUCAUGGUCUAUCAAAAGGCUGCCAUGCGGUCAGCAAUUAACAUUCUUCUAGCAAGCCUGGCCUUUGCCGACUUACUGCUUUCCAUCCUGAAUAUGCCGUUUGCGCUGAUAACCAUUAUCAUAACAGAGUGGAUAUUUGGAGAAGUGUUCUGUCGAGUAUCUGCCAUGUUCUUUUGGUUGUUUGUAAUGGAAAGUGUUGCAAUCCUGCUUAUAAUAAGCAUAGACCGUUUUCUGAUCAUUGUUCAGAAACAGGACAAGUUAAACCCUUACCGUGCAAAGAUUCUUAUUGUGAUUUCAUGGGCAACCUCUUUUUGUGUGGCAUUUCCUCUCGCUGUUGGUAAUCCUCAGUUGCAGGUACCUUCUAGAGCUCCGCAAUGUGUUUUUGGCUACACUACUAAUGCUGGUUACAAAGCUUAUGUGAUACUGGUGGUUUUAAUUUUCUUUUUUAUUCCGUUUAUGGUGAUGCUUUAUGCUUUUAUGGGCAUAUUGAAUACCGUGCGCCACAAUGCAGUUCGUAUACACAGUCAUCCAGACAGCAUAUGCCUCAGCCAGGCAAGCAAACUAGGUCUCAUGAGCCUUCAAAGGCCUUUUCAAAUGAAUAUAGACAUCAGCUUUAAAACUCGUGCCUUCACUACCAUUUUAGUCUUGUUCAUCGUGUUUAUAGUUUGCUGGGCACCAUUCACUACUUACAGCCUUGUUGCUACGUUUAACAGUGACUUUUACAACAAGAACAACUUUUUUGAGAUAAGCACUUGGCUCCUUUGGCUAUGCUACCUCAAGUCUGCACUAAACCCAAUAAUCUACUACUGGAGGAUUAAGAAAUUCCGGGAUGCUUGUUUAGAUUUAAUGCCCAAGUACUUCAAGUUUUUACCCCAGUUACCUGGACACACAAGACGACGGAUCCGACCUAGCGCCAUAUAUGUGUGCGGGGAACACAGAUCUGUAGUGUAAAAUAUAUCAAGAAAUUUGUUCUCCGAAUGACUGCCAUGAAAUAUUUUGUUGUGUGUUAAACUGUUUCCUCUGUGCAAAAAUUGAUACAUUCUCUGCCAGUAAGCAAUGUAAACGAUAAACAUGUUACCUCUAGCAUUUAUGGUAAAUCCAUAUUUGAGAAGUCCUUUGUCAGGUUAAUGCUUACCAGGCCUGCAAUUUGUGUUAUUGCAGGCACCUUGUAUGCUGCUACAAUCUGUGGAUGUGUCAUUCUUUAUUUUUCUGAAUCAAAAGUUGCUGCUUUUGCUAUUAGAGUUGAGCCAAAAACUGUAGCUGAAUUUUUGCAGGAUAACGUACUUGUAGUUAUUCCCCUCUCGAUAUCCAUAGUGUGUUAGCAUAUAUGUCACAUUUCCUUCUAGUCUCAUUGCUGCUGGGGGGAUAGAGGUAUUUGGAAUGGGUUCUCAGUGUCAACCACCCAACCACUUCCCUCCUGCAGAUUAAUGAACAUGUUGGUGCACUUUAUCAGGACUAUUCUUAAACACACCUCUUAGUGUUUAGGGGUUGAAAUGUUAACACAGUAUAUGCUUUUUUUUUAGUUUGAUAAUGUAAUUACAAACAAUUGUACUGUGCCUGAAAAAUGUAGGUACGUCUACUCUUGACAUUACAAUGGUAAUAUUAUAAUCAGGGAUUUAAUACUUUUAAAAUACAGAAUAUAUGGGGACAAACGUAAUAGCCCCAUUUUUGGGAACCGGCAUGAUUUCAGCAAGAUAGUAAAUUAAUUGCUGCUUUAAAUCUAAUGACUAUCUUGCCAGAAUUGCAGCAAAUUAUAUUUGACCCAUAGUCUGCUAUGUAUGUUAUACUUGAAUUAAUAUUCUGUAUCCUACAUGAGCGACAAGCUUUCUUUUGCAGUGACUGAGUAGUAGUAUAUUGGAAUCUGUAGAUAAUCCCUUAUAAUUUGUGUGUUGCUGCCUAAGGAGGAGAUACACACCAAUUAUAAGCCAUUUUACCUUUAAUAAGUCCUGCAUAAUGACAUUAUUGCUUCCCUUCUUUACCACAGGAGCCAUCUAAAAAACUUGUACAGAUUUUUCCAUAAAUACCAUUGGCAUUUGUAACACUGAAAUGAUAUGGAAAGUGCAGCGUUCCUAAUCUCCUUGAAGUCUGUUGCAUGGUAACAUGGCAGUAAAACAUCUAAAGAUAGUACAUUUAUUUUUGAAAUGCAGAAACCUGAAAGAUUGACGUUUCUGAGAAAAACAUUGCUUCUGUGAUCACUCCAACCUCUAGAAUAGAAAAGCUUUCCAAGUGAAAGUGCAUGUAUUCGGUCAUCGACACAACAACCUGUCAUGUGCUUAGAAAUUGUCUACAUCAAACCAUGAUCUGUAUUAGUUUAGUCUAUUACGGCCUUUACUGGAAUUAUUUAUUGCUAUUACUUGCAAAACAAAAGCAUACAAUAUUAAAUUUAGGCUUUACAUUGAUUUUAAAGAUGCGAUACUACCUUAACUAUACUAUUACUAUACAGCCAUUUUACAACACUAAAUUCUGUGUUGUCUAACACUCAUAACGGUCAAGAUAUGAACCAACGGGCAUGUGUUGUUUAUACAGCAGUGCUGGGAUUCACCUGACACAGACCUGAGUAUGAGAGCAAGGGACAUUGGAAUGUCUUUAUUACAUGUGUCACUUUUGUGUGUUUAUCACUUUGGUGCAGUUCAUCUAGAUAUGUUCUUUCCCAAAAAAUUGCAACUACAGUAUAAGGUGCAAAAUGCAUCCUAUGUGAAGUAUAGAGAAGUGAUUGUAGUCUCUCCUGUAAGGCAAGGAACAUCCCUUGUUAAUUAUGCCAUUUCCACUGCUUUAUCUAAUUUUAAUAAACAAAUUUCAAUUUCGCAUGUUACAGAAGUGAAUGCUCUGUGGGCAGCACCCUCAAUUAGCUCAACUCUUCCCAUAGGCAAUGAAAAACUAUACACAUCCCUACUCUAGGCCUGCAAAUCCAUGCUCUUUCCUGUAAUAUCAGGUGUCUAAGUGCAAAAGUGGGCGAGUGAUAUAACAGAGGAACACUUGCACCACUGUUUUAGAAAUUAUGGUGCCACUCUGAUUAUUUCUUAUACCCCUUUUCCACUGCCACAAUAAACAAGGCUGUUGCCGGGUCUACCUGGGUUGAGGCUCAGUGGAAAUGAGCCUCCGGAAUCCAACCCAGGUAGCUACCAAGGUAGGUCGCAAAUGAGGCUGCAGUGUAAACGGGUGACCUGGGUCAUCCAACCCAGUUCCAAAUAAAAGCCUAUAGAGUCAUCUCCAAGCGCCGGCAGAGAGAAGACCCAGGUCCAGCCUGCGGUGGGAAUGGGGUUUCUUGCCAUUGUGACACGGCUUGUCUAGUGUUUAGUUACACGGGUCAGACCCGGGUCUUGAGUGGAAAAGGGUUAUUGGUAACAUACAGCCUGUGGCCUCUUUAUGAUAUACAAUAUGUCACACAUGACAAUCAAUCACUUCACACUCUUUGGCUGGUCCCUGAGAUUAUUUGUACAAGGAAAAAGCCAAUUCCUAAUUUUGAAUUAAACUUUUUUUUAUUUUUUCAUAUUUUUCUUGGGUGGAAUUAUCAAGUCUGUAAGAUAGGGAACUAUGAUUAGAAACACUGAAAGCGAGCUGCAGUCACUGGCAUAUUUGCUGAUCAAUGUGUUUGAAAGAAAUGUAAUUAUUUUUGUAAAUCUCAGUGUACAAGCAUAACAUAGAUCUUAAAGUGAAACCAAGGCAAAAUCAGGUUCUGGUGCAAAUGCCAACACUGCCCCAUCUAUAAAUGGCUCCCGCUUUUCAGUAUUGGAGGUACAUGCAAAAUAUCAUUACUCAGCUGCUUCAAACUGCCCACAUAACCAGAAAACGUAUACAGAAUACCUCUGCUGGCUCAUUCAAAGUAAAAGAAUGCAGCUGCAUUUACUGCCGCCCGUUUAGGGUAUGUACGUUGCAAUAUGGUUUUCAAUGCAAGUAAAAAUGGUCUGUUUUCAAGUGUGAGUUUGAUAUGAUUCCAGAUGAGUUAACAAGUUCAUUUAGUCUAUAUUUUAAACGGUAUGCGGUCAGCAUACCGCUCAUCGGGAUCCCAGCUGUCACAAUGCCGACGGGGGCACCAUACCGCCGCCGGUAUACCAGCGAGGUAGGCGAUUCCCCCUCUAUGGGUGUCCCUGACACCCACACCGAGCCCACAGCGUGGAGAGUGCGGCAAGCCUGCAAGGGGCUCCGAUGGGCUCGCCAGCAUUCUACCGCUCGGGAUGCCGAUGCCGGUAUACUGACAUACAGCAUCCCGUGCGGCGGUAAUACAUACCGAACCUUUUUAAACAUGUGUCUGUGAUGGAACAAGAAGUUACCUUCUUCAAGGAAAUACAUUUGCAAACCAUACUUAUACCCCUUUUCCGUCUGUAGCACAGGUCGCAGCCGGGAGCCUGACACGGCUGCGACCCGUGCUACAGCCCCCCUUCCCACAGCGCUCACCAACCCGGCAUAUUGCCGGGUUGGUGACGCUGCUGCUGAUGACGCGGCAGGGGCGGC